AUGUCUCUUCUCAUGAAAGACUUGAGGCCACACAGGGUCCCUAUUGCAAUUGUCAGCUUGAUCGUCUUCAGCUGGGUUUCCUUUCUUCUCUUCCCUUCGGAAACUUGGGACUGGCAACCUCAGACUACCACUACAUCCACGCGCGACGCAGACCGACGAUUCGCCCUUGUCAUACCCGCCAACAACCCAAGCCCCGAUUUGUGCAAAACAAUCGGCAGCGCCCUCGCCCUCGGCUACCCAAGUCCCGUUAUCAUCAACUGGGGAGUUGACCAUCGUCCCAUUUCAAAAUGGAAAGGUGGUAAGAACUUGCCAAAGGUGCCUGGCUUUGUUGACUACCUUGAUGCAGUCAUGCACCCGAACGCACACCCAUCCGAACGUUUGGAGGAAGACGAUAUCGUCCUUCUUGUCGAUGCCUACGACGUUUGGUUCCAGCUGCCUGCACAGGUAAUGCUUGAGCGAUACCAUAGGCUCAACAAAGAGGCCAACGAGAGGCUACAGGAGAUGUGGAACAAGAAAAGGAGUGGGAAGAUGCCGAUGAAGCAGACUAUCAUUGCAGCAUCUGGCAAACGAUGCGACCCCAAGCUUGAGAAGAUGGGUUACAAGAUCCGAUGUGACAAAUGGCCUCAGAGCCCACUGCGCAAGGAUCUUUAUGGGCCUGAAACCGACAAGAACGAGACGUGGAACUACUACAGACCGCGAUGGAUCAACGGAGGUGUCUACAUCGGUCCUGCUGGCGAUCUCAGACGCUUGUUCCGUCGCGCCUAUUUCACGAUGGAGAACGGUAUUGGACAAGGAAUCAAGAUGCGAAGUGAGCAGUCUCUUGCUGCUGAAGUCAUUGUCGAGCAGGAGAUGUUUCGAAAGUGGCAGAGGGCGAACAAGGUACCGAAACAAGCAAUGGCCGACUUGAUGGAUGACAAGCUGGAGUAUCACAUUGGUCUCGAUUACGCCCAAGAACUAUCAGUCCAGACUCAAUGGGCGCAGGAUGUUCAGGGACGGGAUAACGGUGCCUUUGUCAAGUUGGGUAACCAGUCGGAGAUCGAUGAGUACUCCAAGGAGCGGGGCAUCCAGCCAGUUCGACUACAAGGUAUACCCGAGGAUAUCCUUUCAGCACCAAACCCUCUUGCAGACAUCGUGCCGGGAUCCAACUGGACCAAUAUGUCACUCUACGCCGACUUCUUCACCGAGUCUAUCCCUGUCAUUCUCCACCACAACGGUGUCGGCCCACUCAAGAAGCAUCGAUCAACAUGGUGGGAUAAACCAUGGUACUCCGAACACCUUCGAACGCUCCUCCAUAAGCGUAUGAAAGCCACCGGUGAGCCUGAAGAUCCUCUAGCGACUGUUCUAGACGAUGGUGGUCGUAUCAGAUACUGGGGCGUUAGCGCAGAACAUGAGAGUAUGUAUCCGCGAGAGAUGAAGAAGUCGGCCAAGAACAGACUGCAUAAGAUGAAGUUCUCAAACAUUUGUCAGUACAAGAAGAAGAAGGCUGAUCCAAACGCGCCUUAUCCCGAUUGGUGGGACGAGGUUUUCCGUGAUGGUGAAGGACCUUGGGGGCAUAGGCUUGGGCACAAGCUCAGCCAUACGCACAGCGACAAGUACCGCAACAGACAUAGUAACAAGUACAGCGAAAUGACGCCCAGGCACCCUUUUUAG